UACGCGUCAUACCGUGUAAUUAUUAAAUUUUGUUUUGAUUUGUUUUGUUGGUUAGAUUUAUUUGAGAUAGAAUUUAAAUUAAUACUUUUGUCUUGAGUAUGAAUAAAAUAAUAAGGCCAAAAUGACUUUUAGGUUAAAAAAGAUACUAGUUGAUAAGGUUUAUCCACACAUAUUAGAUAAAAGAGCCGUCCUACCACAUUUAAGAUACACCCAUUACACACACAAGAAUAAUGAAAACAACAUCAUUAGAAGUUCUACGAAAAAUUUACAAUCUGAGCAUUUAUCAAAACAAUCUCUUCAUACAUCUUUUGACAGUAUUCAAUUAAGUUUAGAUAGAGAAACAGUCAUCAAAAAUAUUCUUACAAAUUUUACUACAGAAAAUAUGAGUUCUGAAAGGGGAGUCCAAAAAAUUGUCAUUGAUUUUAGCUCCCCAAACAUUGCCAAGCCUUUUCAUGCUGGACAUUUACGAUCGACAAUCAUUGGCAAUUUUAUUGCAAACAUUCACAAAUAUUUUAAUGACAAAGUCAUGAAAAUAAAUUAUUUGGGCGACUGGGGUACACAAUUUGGACUCCUACAAUACGGGAUGCAACAAAAUAAUAUUGAUAUUGACACACUCAAAGAUAAUCCAAUAAGACUUUUGUACGAAACUUAUGUCAAAGCAAACAAAUUAUCAGCAACUGAUGAAAAUAUACAGCGUCUAGCUCGAAAAUAUUUCUCAGACAUUGAACAAGGGACAGCUGAUUUAGGGAAAUGGAAGGUAAUACGAAAAGUAACUGUAGAUGAAUUAUCAAAAAUAUACCAAAGGUUAGGAAUUCAAUUUGAUGACUAUCACUGGGAGUCUGAUUACAAUGGUGAAGCAAUAAAAGAUGUGAUUAGUUUGCUGGAAAAAGAGAAUAUACUAAGAAUUGACUCUGAUGGUAAGAAAGUAGCUACAGUUAAUAACAGAGAUGUUACUUUAUUAAAGAGUGACAAUUCCACACUCUAUCUUUCAAGAGAUGUAGCUGCUUUAUUGGACCGAUAUGAAAGGUACGGAUUUGACAAAAUGCUGUAUGUGGUUGAUAAUUCUCAAACAGACCAUUUUGCUAGUGUUAUUGACAUUGUAAGAAGAAUCAACAAGAAAUGUGCUGAAGGCUGUGAACACAUAAAGUUUGGAAGGAUCAAGGGGAUGAGCACUAGGAAAGGGAAUGUUGUAUUCCUUGGUGAUAUAUUAGAGGAGGCAAAGCAAAAAAUGUAUUAUAAACAGCAGAUAUCAAAAAAUACCAGAAGCAAUGCCAUGAAUGAAGAGACCUGUGACAGGCUGGGAACAACUGCAGUCAUCAUCAAUGAUCUCAAGCAACGCAGGCAGAAAGACUACGUGUUUGACUGGGACAGAGCUCUACAAAGUGAGGGAGACAGCGGCAUCAAGCUUCAGUACCUCCAUUGCAGGUUAUGGAGUCUAGAACAAAACUGUGGUGUUAAAAUACCCAGUGAGUGUGACCCUGGAUAUUUGACCGAAGAAGUGAUUGGGGAUGUAGUGGUGGAACUAGCAAAGUUUGAAGAUAUCCUGUACAGAUCACUGGUAGAACAUGAAGCGUGUGUUUUAGUAAACUACUUGUUUCGUUUAGCUAAACAUGUCAAUAGGAUGUUUAAUGAACUGAAAGUAAAGAAUGUGGAGUCAAAUUUAGCAGAACAGAGGCUUCUUGUGUUCCAUCGUGCUCGUCUUGUUGUUAAAACUGGCCUGGAAAUAUUAGGGGUUAAACCCCUCAAGGAAAUGUGAGAGAUAUC